AUGCCAACGGAAUAUGGCUGCCCUUUGUACGAAGGCAACAAGCCGAACGCAGAUGCUUCAAUCGUUGCGAUAGUCCGGAUGGCUGGUGCAUUUAUACUGGGCAAGACAACCACUACUGAAUUUACAGUCCUGAACUCAGGACCUAAGACCACAAAUCCACACGACCCAGCUCGCACGCCAGGCGGAUCUUCGGCUGGUUCUGCAGCGGCAGUAGCUGACUUCCAAGCACCCCUCAGCUUCGGGACACAAACUGGUGGGAGUGUUAUUCGCCCCGCUUCUUACACUGGAACAUUUGCUAUGAAGCCAACAUUCAACACAAUAGCUGGCGGGGGCAUUAAAGUCGCAUCCCUGGAAUUUGAUACCAUUGGAUACUUUGCUAGAAGUAUCGAUGACCUUCAACUUCUCUCCAAAGUGCUCAAUAUAUUCUUGGAAGACUCCGUCAAGGAAAUCCCGUUGCGGGAGAUCAAGGUCGGAUUCGUGAAGUCGCCAUAUUGGCCAAGAGCUGGGCCUGGGACGACGGCCGCAAUGAAGAACGCUGCCAACAUUCUCCGUGAUCAUGGUGUCACUGUCGAAGAUGUUGAGUUUCCAGUCGAGUUCAAUGACGCCAAAGCUUUGAGUAGGAUGUUCAAAGUGAUCUUCGUGACGAACUCGGGGGCGUCGUUCUACAAAGACUAUCUCAUGGACACAACGAAGACAAAACUGGAUCCGGAGGUCCGCGCAUUCGUCGAAGAUGCUCCCAAGUUCCAUCGUGAAGAAAUACGGCAAGCUUUCGAUGAUUACGCAGCGCUACGACCUGUAUUUGAUGAAAUGGCCUCAAGAUACUCCGCUCUGGUGACCCCAAGCGCACCCGACGAAGCACCUUUGGGGAUAGGUGAUAUGGGUAGCGCUACAUUCAACUCUGUGUGGACGGGAGCUCAUAUGCCAGUGAUUCAGGUGCCCGCUUUCGCAGGACCGAAUGGUAUGCCAGUCGGCUUGUCUCUUGUGGCCCCAAGAUAUUGUGAUCAAGACCUGCUGAGCAUUGCAAAGAUCCUCAGCGAGCCUCUCAUGAAUGAAGGGAGCUGGCAGAACAGAUGA